AGAAAUAAAUAAACAAAACCGAAAUCCCAAUCUCUAAAUUCUAUUUUCUAAUAUUGUUAUAUCUUUAUCAUUAUGCAUUGCUAUUGAUCUAGUAUUUAAUAUAUUUGUCUUUGUAAAACAGAAAUAAUGGCUUCAAAUGAAGAAGAAGAAAGUUUAAAAACAGCAGAAACAGUAGAUUGGGAUGUAGAUAUGGAAAUUCAAUUAUUCUACGCGAUGGCCGAUCACAAGCCGGUCGGCAUAGAUAAACAUUUCCACAUGGCUUGCAUUUGGGAAAAACUAUCCAAUUCUAUUACCAAAGAAAUAACUACUGAGGAUAUUUGGAAGCAUUUGAGUACUUUGUACGAUACUGCUUUGCUUGAUGAGACAGAGCCAAUCCCCUUUCCAAAUCAUGAAGUUGAUUUCAGUUUACCAGAAGAUGAGUAUGGGUAUUUGAUGAAACAGAAGUGCAAGGAUCUCGGUGAAGAGAAUGAAGAUGCAAGAAGUAUAUCUCCAAAACCGGCACCUAGAAGCAACUCAAGGGGAACCUCUUCAAAGGAUGGUACUCCUAAAGGUCGAAAGGACAGCAUUAGCUCUUUAGCAACCAAGUCGAGGAAGGAGAGUGCAAGUUCCCAUGCAUCUACAGACACAACCAGUAUUAAAUCGGAGAAAGAUUAUGAACGAAGAAGAGACUCACGUGAUUCGAACGCAUCUGGGCCUAGGGAUGGCUCUGGCAGCAGAAAGUCAACCUCGCAGAAAGAUAAAUCUAUCAAAAAUAAAAUUAUUGCACCUACAGAUGAUGACUCAAGCUCACGACGCUGCAGAAGACGAGCGAAUACAUCGACACCACCAAAUAUUACACCGGCAAAACGUAGACGUAUUUGAAUGCCUCAUUCAUACCAUCAGUUUUUCUGACAUACACAAUAUAACUCAUAUUGUCUAUGAUAUAAACAGACAAGACUCAUGCGAUAGAGUAAAUAGCACCCACAGGUAAUAUCCGUUUGGUUUAAUAGUUGUCUUUUAAGCAAAGGCAGGAUCGGCGGAAUGCUGUCCAUGUGUUAUCUGUUAUAUAUAUAGCCAAUAGUCUUUGUAAAUAUGCAUUAAGAUUACUGAUAAAUAAAGCUAAGAUAAAUCUCA